CCCCGCAGGUAUGACGCUGGACGGGACGGCUUCAUUGACCUGAUGGAGCUGAAGCUGAUGAUGGAGAAGCUGGGGGCCCCCCAGACCCACCUGGGCCUGAAAAACAUGAUCAAGGAAGUGGAUGAGGACUUUGACGGCCAGCUCAGCUUCCGCGAGUUCCUGCUCAUAUUCCACAAGGCCGCCGCUGGGGAGCUGGAAGAGGACAGCGGGCUGAUGGCGCUGGCCAAGCUCUCCGAGAUCGAUGUGGCCCAAGAGGGUGUCAAAGGUGCCAAGGACUUCUUUGAAGCUAAGGUCCAAGCUUUGUCCUGUGCCAGUAAGUUUGAAGCUGAGCUAAAAGCGGAGCAAGAUGAGCGGAAGCGGGAGGAGGAGAAGAGGAGGCUCCGCCAAGCGGCCUUCCGGGAGCUCAAGGCUGCUUUCAGCACAUAGUUGGGCGACCUUGACCUCCAUCCACCCAGUGCCUCACAGAUGCCCCCGAGAGUGCUGGCUGGGCAUCCUCACCCCUGCCACUCCUGCCCCCCAGCCAGCCUUCGCACCCACCACCCGAUGCAAACUCAGCCUCAUGGGGCGACAGCCAAGGCUCUCGUCCCUGUGUGGGAGCCCCUCCCAAGGGUCCUGGGAUGAGCCAACUGCCCCCCCUUGCUUCUCUUUCCUGCCCUCCUCCUGCUGUAGCCAGAUCGUGCGUCUACUUGGCAACUUGUACUUUUUCCUUGUGCCUUUGCCGUUCUGCAUCGAAGAGUGUUACUUUGUGCAGAUAUUUGUUUCUUUGCUGGUCCUCAGAGGAGAUAGCCCCUGGAGGGCUCUGAUGUUAAUGUCACCCCAUUUUCUUGGGUAAUUCUCUGCGCCUCUCCUCUCUGGGUCUCCCUCCCCUUUGUUUCUUAUCCACCUUCCCUGUUUUCAUUCUGAGCCUGAUUCUGCCAGUUGCUUUUGCUGCUUCUGUCUUUUGAUGAUGGUGAGGUUGAAGGCAAACCAGGCUGGACCACUGCCUGUCCCCUCUUCAACAGGGGGAGUGGCAUGCUGCUGAGAUGACAGAAUAGUAGAAAAAUAGAACAUUCUGUUCCUAUCACCUUUCUCCUGUCCUUGUAGCAUUCCCCACGGACCCAACCUCUUCAUUACUCCCUCUAUUCAUGUCUUCUCAUUUCAGCCUUUCCUCCUGCUCUUAAAUACUGUCCUACUCACCUGUAAGAGUAAAAGAAAAAUCGGAAGUGAUACUAAUGCGUAGAAGAAUCCCUGUUAAUUCUGACUAUGCAAAUUAUAUUGUAGCAGACGCCUACAUUCCCAAGUGACAAAUCCAGAGCUUUUCAAAACCCCCAAAGUCAUGACCAUCCUCAUCUGGCCAGUUUCCAGCUUUUGCUCCCAAGACAUUGAGGUGAUGCUGUUCUACACCCAGGGCAAAUUUUUAUAUGUUGUGCGUUCUUGGGAUUGCUCGCAAAUACCAGGGGUUUGCUGUAUUUUUAAAAAUACUUCCCAGCAUCAUAUUUAUUACUUUUCUUUUGUAACUGCUGUCUUUACAACAGGAAAACAUCUGCAUUUCUACUUUACAGCUGUCUCUUUUUAAAUAAACUGUGCAAAUGGACUUUGCCAUCACA